AGUGUACAAUGCAGCGGUACGUUCGACCUUACUGUACGGUUGCGAAACCUGGCCCCUAAGAUCGGCAGACAUGAAGAGGCUACUUACGUUCGACCAUCGGUGCCUUCGCAGUUUGGCUCACAUCUGGUGGGAACACCGCGUGAGUAACGAGCGUGUUCGACGCCUUGUUUACGGCCUAGGAAAAGGGAAUGAACCGCUCAGCACCGUCAUUUCACUCACCAGGCUCCGAUGGCUGGGCCACGUAUUGCGCAUGCCAGCCCACCGACUCCCUCGACGUGCGUUGUUUGCUCACCGGGGAUGUGGGUGGAAGAAGAGGAGAGGUGGCCAAGCGAUGACUUGGUCCAGAGGAAUGAAGGCCCUCACUUCGGAGCUGGCCUCAG